AUGCUGGCCUCGCCUUCAGGGGCGGCCGCAGCCGUGGUGGUAAUUAACAGGAGUAGUAGUAGUAAUAAUAAUAAUAACAAUAAUAACAACGAGAGUUGGGGAGUGGGGGGGGUGGAAAGAGCCGGUCGGCGGAGUGCAGCGACAAAAGAAAGUUUUCCCUCCCAAACUCGAGUCAAGUGUGAGUGGGAGAGAAAAAAAUGUCAACAAAAGCCGCUCGCGUGUGAACUUUGUGUUUCUCUGCAGGGGAGAGCCGGGAGCACAUGGAAGGAGAGAGAGGCAAAAAAAAAAAAAAUCCCAAAUCACUGCUGCUGGGGAGGCGAAGGUGGGGGGGAGGGAGAAAAAGGAGGAGAGGAGGCUCGGACCCGGCAAGUAGAGAAGUUUGAGCACUUCCCACUCCUCUUCUACUUCUCUGCUGUAGUCACCGGAUCAUCACCAGCAGCAGCGGCAGGGGCAAGGGGCAGGUCUGCUGCGACUCCGCACCACUUUCUCGGGCUCCGGUGGGCUCCCUUUCCUUCUUUUGCCCCCUUUUGUUUUGAAGAGAAGGAGGAAAAGGGGAAAGAAGAAAUUCAGGCACCAAAAACCGCCUCGAUCGUCUCCGUCUGUCGAUGUGAACAAGAGGAGAAGGGAGAGAAAUGUGAAGAUGAGAGGAGGUGGAACAAUGAAUUUAUAGCGGAAUGCCAUCCUGCAAUGGCAAUUUCAACAAUUCGUCACUGCAGGCUGCCUCUUAAAGGGAGAGCUUCAAAACCACCACUCCCACACUUCCUUCUCAUUUAAUCAGACAGA